ACUUUUACAUCUUGAUUGGAAUGCUAAGUGUGAAUUCUGCGCAGCAACCCCGUCACUGUGAUGCGCAUGUUUGAAAAGAGAGUAGAUGCUCUCAUGACCAACCUCAUCCUAUCACCAGCACAACCCAUCGGUGAAGUACAAGAUUACUUUUAUCGUGUUGAGUUUCAGGCCAGAGGAAGCCCACACAUCCACAUGCUCGUCUGGAUUAAAGAUUCCCCCGCGUUUGAAGAUAGUCUUGACAGCGAGGUCUACAAGUUCAUUAAUAAGUACAUAACAUGCAAGAUGCCUGACCCAGAGAGAGACCCAGAGCUCAACAAAAUUGUAUCUGAGGUCCAGGUGCACAGCAGGAAUCAUUCAAAGUCAUGUAAAAAAGGCAACGUUUCCUGCAGAUUUGGCUUCCCUAAAUUGCCCAUGAAAGAAACAAUCAUCACCAGACCCCCCAUUAUUGCCUGCAAUUCCAAUGAUGGCCAGGAUGCAGCCUCUGAAUUAAAGCAGCAGAAACGGGAGCUUACAAGGAUGCAAAGAGAAGCCAAGGCAAAGCUUAAUCCAUUGAGGAAAUUGCUCAUGGAUCCAGAUGCUUCAUUCAGCAGCUUGUCAGACGUGCUCCAACAAUGCAACCUCACGCACGAGGAAUACCGGAAGUAUGUUGCACGUCUGACAAGCGGCUGCACAGUGAUGCUGAAGCGUGAUCCAAAUGAAUGUUGGAUCAAUGCCUACAAUCAAGACCUGCUGAGAGCCUGGAAUGCCAACAUGGACAUCCAGUACGUAAUUGACGAUUUUGGCUGCAUUAUGUACAUGAUGUCCUAUAUAUCCAAGCCAGAGCACGAGAUGACUGAAUUCCUCAACUCAGUCAUCAAAGAUGUAAAAAAAUCCAAAGUUAAUGAACGCGAUGAGAUGAAGCAGAUCAUGCAAGCGUACGCUAAACACAGAGAGGUCAGCGCUCAAGAAGCUGUGGCGCGUACUUGCAGCUUACCUCUCAAGAAGUGCUCCUGUUCUGUUUUGUUCCUUCAGGCUGAUGAGGACGGUCUGAAAAUGAGUCAUCCCAUUAGCAGACUCAAGGAGAUGCAUCCAGAUUCAGAGGAGGUGUGGAUGUCAGGGAUUCCUGAAAAGUACUUGCACAGGCCGGUUGAUUUUGAAGGGUAAAAAAAUUGACAAGGCUCUCAAACAUUACCAGCAGUAUGGUCCAGCCUUUAACGCUUGGAACACCUUCGCACCCGAGGUAGAAGUGGACCGGUUGGAGUGCCUUGCUGAGCGGGAACCGUUAGAGCCAGGGAAUGAAGAUGAUGAAGACGUCCCCGACUAUCAAGUCAACAACGAUAGGAGGGGUGUCUUGCCAAGAAUAGAUGCACCUGUGUUGAGUCCAGACUUUGUGAGAAAAAUGUAUCAAAGUCUGAAUGAAACGCAGGCAUCUAUUUUCUACAGUGUGCAUGACUGGUGCUUAAAACGUGUCUGGGGCCAAAACUUAGAACCGUUUUAUUAUUUUCUGUCGGGAGGAGCUGGCUGUGGCAAAUCACACGUCAUCAAGUGCAUUUAUCAGGAGGCAACAAGGGUUCUGCGUGAGCUGCCCAGAUUCCGGGAC